AUGCCUUUCCACCCGGUAACGGCGGCUUUGAUGUACCGGGGGAUCUACACCGUCCCCAACAUCCUCUCCGAUCAGCGCCCAGUGGAGAUCCCCGAGGACGAGCUAGAGGAGAUCCGUGAAGCCUUCAAGGUGUUUGAUCGGGACGGCAAUGGCUUCAUCUCCAAGCAGGAGCUGGGCACGGCCAUGCGCUCCCUGGGCUACAUGCCCAACGAAGUGGAGCUGGAAGUCAUCAUCCAGCGUCUCGACAUGGAUGGUGAUGGGCAGGUGGACUUUGAAGAGUUUGUGACGUUACUGGGGCCCAAGCUGUCCACCUCAGGCAUCCCAGAGAAGUUCCAUGGCACCGACUUUGACACCGUCUUCUGGAAGUGCGACAUGCAGAAGCUGACGGUGGACGAGCUGAAGCGGCUGCUGUACGACACCUUCUGCGAGCACCUCUCCAUGAAGGACAUCGAGAACAUCAUCAUGACAGAGGAGGAGAGCCACAUGGGCACGGCCGAGGAGUGCCCCGUCGACGUGGAGACCUGCUCCAGCCAGCAGAUCCGUCAGACCUGCGUGCGGAAGAGCCUCAUCUGCGCCUUUGCCAUCGCCUUCAUCAUCAGCGUGAUGCUCAUCGCUGCCAACCAGGUGCUGCGCAGCGGCAUGAAGUAA